AUGACUUCUUCUGAGAAAGCUCCUGCGAAUACGGUCACUGCUAGGCUAUCUCCCUCCUUGCCGAAAAGCAGCAAAUCCGAUGCCAUCCCAAAAUUGAUCCCUCGAUCUCACAGAAAACCUUCAAAUCCUCCCGGGUCGUCAGAGCCUCCUCCCGAAACACCUCCAUUACCGUCUCCUCCACCGCUGGACUCUGUCAAAUUCACGACUCCCGUCAAAUGUAUCCUGUCACCGUCGGACCACGAGAAAUUCCUUGCCUCUCCCACCCACACCUUGAUUCAAGCAUGGAUUUUCACGCUGGCAGAUUGCGUCCGAGGGGAACCCAUUUCUUCAAUCGAUCCCCAUCGUUUGUCGGCCGGAAUCCAGAGGCUUGAUGCAGUCCUGGACAUCCUCGAAAAGCGCGUUCAGCAAUAUCCUCCACUGGACACGGGGUCGAGAUUUGGCAACCCGGUCUUCCGCAGUUUCUACAAGGCUGUUGUACGUGAUGCUGAGCGGAUUCACAAAGAAGUGCUUGGUCUACAAAAUGAGGCUGCGAUACAGGAGAUCUCGGUAUAUCUAAUCAACUCAUUUGGAUCGGAGGAACGACUCGACUACGGCUCUGGUCAUGAGUUGAACUUCUUGAUGUGGUUGCUGUGCCUGCAUCAACUAAACGAGAUCCAUCGAGAUGAUUUUCCGUCGAUUGUCCUGCACACUUUCACUCGAUAUCUCAAUCUCAUGCGUAAGAUUCAGAGCACGUACUAUCUGGAGCCAGCAGGUAGUCACGGCGUUUGGGGUCUUGAUGACUAUCAAUUCCUACCAUUCUUGUUUGGCGCAAGCCAACUCAUCGGGCAUCCCUACAUUACUCCCAAAUCCAUUCACAACAAUGUCAUUUUGGAUGAAGAAGGCGACAAAUUCAUCUACCUCAAUCAAGUCCGAUGGGUGGAUAGUGUCAAAACCGUCAAAGGACUCCGCUGGCACAGCCCGAUGCUGGACGAUAUUUCGGGUGCAAAGAAUUGGCAGAAGGUGGAGGAUGGCAUGAGAAAGAUGUUCGUCAAGGAAGUGCUAGGCAAACUCCCGAUUAUGCAACACUUUCUAUUUGGAGGCUUGAUUCCCGGCGCUGAAGACAUGGGUCAACUGGACCCCGAAACGAUUCGGCUUCAGGCUGAAAGGAUGCAGCAUGUGAAGGAAUAUGGACAUGAACCUGACUAUUGGGGCGAUUGCUGUGGCAUCAAGGUUCCAAGUACAGUUGCAGCCGGAGAAGAGAUGCGAAAACGCAUGGGGACAUCGGGCGCACUACGCCCGAUACCUUUUGACUAG